UAGCUAGCAAGGCUAGCGGCUGUCUUGACGCAGCAGGGAUGUCUGACGGCAGCAGUCAGUCCUGAAAGCAGCCGUAUAAAACCUCCCUGACUGCGGUGGAAGUGGACUCUCAUCCCGCGGUGUCUUCAGUGAGUCAGCGGCUGGCUAACGCGCGCGGUGCCGCGUUAUUUGCAGAGUGAACGACGCCUUGUGUUGCUCCGUUGCUACAACUUUGCUGAGUCCAGACACCGCUCAGCGCGACCACACCCUCCCCGCUUCCUCAUAGCGCAGCAGCGGGAGCGCGCAGCCCCGCUUUGAAUCUCCGGGAAUAACGGCCACUUCUCCCCGCUGCCUGUCCGGGUCCGUGGGACCAGAUACAGCGAGUGGGUUGAAUGCCCGAAGGCCACCGACUGGUAUGGAUCUGAGGAGCGACUCCCCACAGAGGACAUGCGGGGCCACACACUCUCCGGUCCCGAGUUAAGACGCGAAGGAGGAGGAGGGCGGUCAGACGGACGAUGCAUAUGGAACCGAGGCGACCGGAGCAACUGCUAGCAUCUAACCCGGGGCUCUGUCCGAAAAAGAAGAGGUUGAAAGCAGAUUGAGGGCUUCGUGUGCUUGGACUGUCGCCCUCUCGGUGGAUUCUACUCGGGGAGGGACUCGUGAAAUGAUGGUGCUGGAGGCAAACGCAGGUCUUCCCGCUACCCAGAAGAGCCGCCCGGGUGUUGCCCCGUCUGGAACCAGCAUGAGUACGACAGGCCGGUCAAAGUCAGCGGGAACAAGUCGGACGAGGUGUCGGUGUUGUGUCAGGUUGUUUGUGGACACUAAAUGAGAUCCUGUUGAUUUAAAGAAAGACCUCAAAUAACCUAGUUCAAGUUGAGGUGAUGUUUUGUCGCCUGCAGUCAUAGAAGGAAAAGCGGAGCAGAUGUAGUUCCAGUUAGGAAUGUGUUUGAAAAUGUACGGGGCUUCUGACAUUGUUUUCACAGCCUUAUUCUCAACUUGCACUUUGCCUUGUUGAAGGCUCCCUCGUGGCACUGCAGCUUGUGUGCGAGUUUAUUAGUUCAUUAACAAAAACCUGUGAAUCUGUUCCACAAGAACCUGGAGCUACAGUGAGGAGAUUGACUUUUUUUAUAAUAAUGAAAUGUGUUGUUCAGGGCAUUUAAACUCAAUUAAAUUCAUUUAGAUAAGAUCAUAUAACACCCAACACUGAUUAGUCAGAAGUUGUGGGGAUUGUUGGUCAGCUGUGUUACUUCAGAGAAGCAUUAGUUAACGGUGAGGGUGUUAUUCAUAAAUGCCGUAAUUAAGUUUUUCCUUGUUACACAUGUUUACAUUAAGAAUACAUGUCGUGUGUAUCAACAUAUAAUAUUCGCUUCAUUUUACUCUGAAGGAAUUUAAGGAAGACAGUUUGGUCAGUUGUUAUUUUAAGGAAUCUGUUAUAGGCAGUGAGGUGACACUUAGUUUGAAAUGUCUUAAAAGGUACAAUGCAGUGUGCCGCAGAAGAAAACUAAAUAAUUGAACCCUCCAGAAGAGCAGUUUGAUCCACACCCCCACCCCUCCACACACAACCCUCCUUAUUAUGGCUAGUGGUGGUUCUGGCAAAUCGGCUAGCGAGGGAUCAACCAGCACACCCAGUGGCAGUUUGCAGCAGAGGAAGCGUCUCUCCUCCAUAUGCGACACAUGUAAGGGCAAGAUGCAGCUGGUGGCUGACCUCCUCCUGCUGGCCAGUGAAACCCGGCCAGUAAUGACCCACGAAGGUGUAGCGGUGGCCGACACCUUUGACCAGUGCCGUGACACGGUCAUCGCCAGGACUAAAGAGCUCUCCAUUCUCACCCACGAUAUCCAGAGCCAGCUCAACAUGGGCCGCUUCACAGAGGUGGGGGACCGCCUCUUGGAGAUGGCAGACCUUGUGGUGUCUCUGACUGAGUGCUCAGCCCAUGCCGCUUACCUUGCAGCCGUGGAGACCCCCGGCUCUCAGCCCUGCCUCUCGGGUCUGGUGGACAGAUACAAAGUGACCCGCUGCCGACACGAGGUGGAACAGAGUUGCGGCAUCCUCCGAAUCACACCCCUGCCAGACCUCACUCCCCAACUCCUCCUCGAACUCUCUCAAAACAUCUCCACCAACCUCAAGACUCUGACGGAUAUCUCGUCGCUGGCCAGCGAGAGGUCUAGGGACCGCUUUGCAAAGGAACAAUUCAAGUUGAGCGUCAAGAGCAUGAGCACUAGCGGCACGGCCUUCCUGGCAUGUGUCAAGGAGGUGAAAACCCAGCCCAGUGAGCUGACCAGGAACCGCUGUGUCCUUUUUAGUGCCGCCCUGGUCCAGGCUGUCAGCGCCCUGGUUGGGUUCGCCACAGAGCCUCAGUUCCUGGGAAGAGCUGCGAGUAUCUCCACUGAAGGGAAGGGGGUACAGACUGCGGUUUUAGGGGGGGCCAUGAGUGUGGUUUCAGCCUGUGUCCUCCUCACUCAGGGCCUUAGGGACGUUGCCCAGCAUCCAGAGAGCAGCUCCAAAAUGGCAGACUACCGGGAGCGUCUGCGUAACUCGGCGUGCGCCGUGUCAGAUGGCUGCACUCUGCUCACUCAGGCACUCAGAGAACGCUCCUCUCCAAGGACUCUGCCGCCAGUCAACUCUCAUUCUGUGAAUUAGCUUAGGAAGAGGCAACAUGAUCUCCAUUCGCCUCUGUCCUAUAUUGACGUACCAAAGAGACUCACUUGGGUUAUCCCUGUUCAUCAGGUUUAGAGUCAGAGUAAUGUCAGAAGAAGGCUUUGGCUCUGUCCAUGUUGGUGAAAGUCUGUCGAUAUCAAAGGAGCACAACAACUUCCACUGCAUGGUUUUGUGUUGCGCUGGAUGUGACUCAAACCGUGUUAGAAAUGGACCACUUGGCCGCUGUCAUCAGCAGACAGCAGCCUUCUAAACCUGAAAAGUUUACCUCAGUUUUCAGCUCCGGUGAAAACGCCAGCCUUGAUGAUGGAUGUAGCCUUGCUGUGUGAACCUAUGGUUGGCUGACCUGCUCAAUUACAUGUGCUAUGUGAGAUUGGAAAGAGUGAUCAUCUGAGUGUCUCAAAGGAUAUUUUUUUCAACAUGUGUGAAUUCUUAAUUGGUAAAAUGCUGCUGUGAGUGUGUGCCAUAGGUUUUACACUAUUUACCAGAUGCGCAUAGUAUUUUAAAGUGUUUUGAUCAUGCAUGUAAUGGAGUAUUUAUUUCAACUAUUAAAAUGUUGUUUCUGAUA